AUGAGACUGAAAAGUUAUUUAGAAGGGCUGGGAGACUUGACUCUGUCUUGGUUAAGACGCCUCUUGAGAUCUCAUUACCAGGAGAAGAGUGCAACUGAAUUUUAUAGGAAAAUUCAUUACCUGACGAGGGAAUUCCACGUUAAAUUGCACGCGAAAACCGAUAUCGCACGAAUCGCGAAGCGAUGAGUGCGAUAUCGGUUUUCAAGUGCAAUUUAACGUGGAAUUCUCGAGUCAGGUAAUGAAUUUUCCUUGAAUCGCAUAAUUGAAUAAAAAUCAGAAGAAAAAAAAGAAAACAGCAAUAAUAUCUAUUGUUUGUUUUUAUCCUGAGCGCGCGCUCCAGAAAGCCAUUUCAAAGUCAACUGUCAGAACUGUCAUUACGUUAGCGAAUAGGAAGUAAGGUCAGUCGUACACGUUUGAACCUUCAAUAACCUUUUUUGUACCUUGUGCUUGUUGUCACAUUUGUUUUCAAACUUUUUUACAUGUAAACAAGCUUCACACUAAUCGUAAGGAUAAAUAGAGGUAUUUUACUGAAUUUAGAAGCCGUUUAUGUAGAACGUCUUUUUUCAAAUUGGUCAUUUGCUCGAGAAGGAAAAUAAUUUGCACCUUUUACCUCUUCGGCGGCAAAACUGAAAGAAAUCAAGUGUCCAAGCGAAAGCACUGAAAGUUUAACAUGUUUAACGUCGCGAUUGACAUAAGGUAAGUACCUUGAAAUGUUUUAGAAAUGCUGUUCAAGUUCAGCUCUGUUUUGUACUUUUCUAAGUACCACGAUUCAGGACGAUUGCAAGCGGCGUACUCUUUUUCGUGUUUUCAGGGGCCAUGUCCUCUUUGAAGGUAUUUAUUUCUUCUUCUGUAUAUGGGACAAUCGACCCCGGCACUUCCUCCGUUGUCGCUUCUCCGUUUUGUUUAGUUGAACUUUGGAUUGCCAUUUUCUGGGCCGUGUUCACUGGAUUUUCUUGUUUUCUGGUUGUCGCGAGUGAAAGAGGUUUUAUGUCUCUUCGAGAAUCUGUAGUUCAGUUCAAAACAAGGAAGAACCUCCGGCUCACUUUAAAAACGCUUUUGUUUGUUUUUAACUCUUCAAAAAGUAACAAUGAAUGGUUUUGAAAACAUUUUAAAAUGACAUUGUAGAAAACCUUUUUGCAUGUUGUUGUGUUAGAAUUUGACGAUAGUUGUUACGUAGAUGCGAAACAAUAUCGCUUUUUAGCCUCGUUUUCAACUCGCAAUUCCACACUAAAUACCUCGCUUCGUUAACCAAUCAGAAUGCGAGAUUUUACUUAAUUAUGCGAUUCUAACAAAAAAAUUUACAGGAGCUACAGGGGAAUCCACAAAACUUUCCUAUCAGAACUUUGGACUCUAGACAAAAGAUCCUUUUUGUCUCAAAGUAG